CUGUCCUGAUGAUGGGCAAUUCAUAGAUGCCCCAUUUCACGGCCAGCUGGGCCAAGGAAAAACUAUUGAAAGUGGUUCAUUCAAGUGUUUCAAAUUUCCAGAUAAAGAAACACUAUAUUUCAACUGUGAGAUUGGAUUUUGCACCUCACAACAUCAAAGGUGUUAUCUGGGUCCUGACAGCUGUCCAUUCCAUGAGAAAAGGAUUUCUUUAGCUGACAGGAAAAAGAGAUGGGUGACCAAGGAAAACGUGCAUUUUGCUAUUAGCUUACAAGUUUCUGUCACCAAAAAUCCUAGCAUAAAUGUUUUCAGUAACAAUGAAGAAAAAAUGACGGUUAGACCAAAAUCCAGAAUGUCAACAAUUUUCACAGUCUCAACUAUUGCCGUGGUGUGUCUCAUUCUAACAGCAGGAAUCAUUAUUGUCAUCGCCAUACCUCUACGAAAGUGUAGAAUUUUGCCAGCCAUUAGAAACAGAUGUUCCAAUACAGCAAUCUCAGGGUCAUUGCUAUAGCAAAACUGUUCGCAUUAAAGUCCUAGAACUCUCACAAUAAAUAAUGUGAAUUAAUGGUCUUUGGAGAGAAAAUAGUUUUAUUAUUAUUAUUAUUAUUAUUAUUAUUAUCAAGAUAUCCACCAUGGGCUCAUUUGAAAUGGGAUGUUCCCUUUGUGCUAAUCCAAAUUCUUGCAGGAUCAAGGUCUUCAUGUCUAUAGCCUACCUGAUACAUAAUUUUGGGUUAAAUAUUUGACUUGCAUACACCAAUGUUACAUCAUAAAGCACAAAGUGACUUUAAACUCCAUCCAUAUGCUCCACCCUUGUUAACCCAACAGUUUUAUACAGGGACGACCAACAAUUGUUGACUUUUCUUUUCAGAUCUUUAAAUUACUUGAAAAAUGAGAACAAACACAAGAGUCAGUAUGUAGCACGGUCAGUAUGUGCCACCUUCUAUGAUGUAUUGCAUUUUUGUGGGAUGUGUGAAAAUAAAUAAUUGCUUA